AGGGGGGGAAGCGCACCGAGCCUUUCGGGACGAAAGUUUGAGGGGCCAAAAACUGCUGCCAAGCGCGGGCGAGGCUGCGUCGUCCGGCGGGCUUGACGCGGACGCGCAAUAAAACCUGACACUCGCCAGCUGUUCGGGCUCCUCCUCGCCCCCUCCUUCGCCUUCCCCCUCCCCCUCCCCUCCCCCGCGGCGUCGGCCGCUAUUGCCGCCCCAGUGCAUUGUGGGCGCAAUCCGUUGUUCAUUUGCCAUUCGACCUGGGCCGGGGCCUGGUGGGUCGGAAGGGCUGCUGCUGGUUGAGCCGGAUCUAUUGUAGGGGAAGCGCUCGAGGAGGAGGCGACGACGGAGGCGGCCGUGCCAGCGACGCAAGCUGGAGCGCGGGGAUAAGAUUUUGUUCUUGCAGCCGUUAAAAGCGCUUUCAAGCGGCCCGGCGAACUGACUGACUGAAACUGCCUGGCCGGGUGGGUGCUUCGGUUGGUUAGCCGCUUUUUCUGCCUCCCCUUUUCCCCCAGAGCGAUCAGGGGUGGGGUGGGGGUGGGGGGGCAGCAGAGACACAGUUGGGCCGGAGCGGGAGGAGGAGGGGAGCGCGAGGGAGGGAGACAGGCGGGCGGGCGGGGGGCGCGCGGUCGCCCGCCAUGUUCGCCGAGAUGAACCGCAGGACCUUGGCGUUCCGGGGGGGAGGCCUGGUCAGCUCCGCCGCCGCCGCCGGAGGAGGGGGCGGCGGCGGCCCGACAGCUAACGGCAGCAGCGGGAGUGGGGGCAGCAGUGGCCAGGGCGAGGCCUGGGUCCGUCAGGAAGCCGAGCAGUUGAACGGCCAGGGGGUGGAGGAGGAAGUGGAGCUAGAGACCGUGGAGCUGGAGGUGGCCGAGGUGGAGGCCGCGGACAGUGCCGGGAAAGAGCUCUCGCCGACCCCUCCUUCGGGCUCGGCGAGCACUGCUCCAUCCGCCGCUGCCCCGGUCGGCCCCAUGUACGCCGAGAGGAAUCGUCGGACCUUGGCCUUCCGUGGCGGGGGCUUGGUGGCGGCCGCAAACAAUGGCUGCGACGGGGCGGGCUGGUCGCGGCGGCCGUUGAACGGGCGGGGUGGCGGCGGUGGCGGCGAGGAGGAGGAGCUGGAGUUGGAGGGGCUGCUGGAAGGGAAAGAGCUGGUGCAGGACGGGGGGUCGCUGAGCGACAGCAGCGAGGACGAGGAAGACGGCGAGGGGGGCAGCCUGGGUGAUGGCAGCGGCGCAGAGGGCGGCAGCUGCAGCAGCAGCAGGCGGUCUGGGGGGGACGAGGCGGAGGUCAACAGCGUAGGCGCGGGGGAGGGGGAGAGUAUCCAACACUUCCCGCUGGCCACCCGGCCCAAGUCCCUCCUGCAGAAGCUGCACGUCUCCUUCCAGAGCUGCUGGCUUAAGGAGUUCCCCUGGCUACAGUACUGUCAGAAGACGGGACUGGUGUCCUGUGCUUGGUGCACGGCUGCCGUCCCUACCGCCUCUUCUACAGACGGCAGCAGCAGCAACAAGAACAACAGCAGCAGCAGCAGCGGGGGUCACGACGAUCUCUGCAAGGGUACCCGCAAUUAUAAACGUGCCCUAUUUCUCAGGCAUCAUCUGUCAGCUGAGCAUCGCCUCAAAGAGCCAGUCACUGCUGAGCAUGAAUCUGAAUUAAUAUCAGAAUUGGCUGAGAGAGAUUGCGAUUAUAAUAUUAGGCCAAAUGAGAACUCUUACUGCUAUCAACUACUGCAAGAAUUAAAUGAGCAAAGGAAAAAGGGCAUUCUCUGUGAUGUCAAUAUUGUGGUGAGUGGAAGAGUCUUCAGAGCUCACAAAAAUAUUCUGGUUGCUGGCAGCCGUUUCUUCAAGACUCUGUAUUGCUUUACAAACAAAGAAAAUCGUAACCAAAACACUGUUACCUAUUUAGAUGUUGUUGCUGUUCAAGGCUUCUCUGUUAUCUUGGACUUUCUAUACUCUGGUAACCUUGUGCUUACAAGCCAGAAUGCAAUUGAAGUUAUGUCAGUGGCCAGCUACCUUCAGAUGACAGAGGUUGUGCAAUCCUGUCGUAAUUUUAUCAAAGAUGCCUUAAAUAUAAGCAUAAAAUCAGAAGCCCCAGAAGCUGUAGUUGUGGAUUAUAAUAGAAGAUCGGUGAGUAGAGACGGGUUAUCUUCAAGGGAUCAGAAAGUUGCUAGUUUUUGGGCUACAAGAAAUCUAACUAACUUGGCAAGCAACAUAAAAACUGAAAAUGAUGGCUACUGCAUUGAUGAAAGCCAGUCUGAAAACUACCAAAUUAAUGAUUGGGUCCAGGACAGCUCACCUGAAAUGGCUGAAAAUGAAUCUCAAGGUGAAGGAAAGGUCUUUGUGUGGAAUGAUAUGAGUUCACAGGGACAAUCGCUUCAAGAACCUGGAAAAACAAGAAGGAAAAACCCAGGUGCAAAAAGAUUUGUUUACAAUAUACCACCCAGUAAUGAUGAGCCGUUAGAAGACUGUUCAGCUACUCAAACUUCAGUACAAUAUCCAGAAGAAGAUCUGCAGUUUAUCAAAGAAGAAGUAGCAGGUACCUCAAAUGAUUUCAAGUUUGGAAUGUUUCCUAGUAUCACCAAUGAUUUCAAGUUUGGGUUACUACAGGGGACUUCAAAUGAUUUCAAGUAUGGAUUGCUACCUGAAUCCUGGCCAAAAGAAAACUGGGAAAAUGGUGAUUCUUCUCUAAUCAUGAAUAAAUUGAAGUGUCCACACUGUAACUAUGUAGCCAAAUAUAGAAGAACACUAAAGAGACAUUUGCUCAUUCAUACAGGAGUGAGGUCUUUCAGCUGUGAUAUUUGUGGAAAACUGUUUACUCGUAGAGAACAUGUAAAAAGACAUUCCUUGGUUCACAAAAAGGAUAAAAAGUACAAAUGUAUGGUGUGCAAGAAGAUUUUCAUGCUAGCAGCCAGCGUUGGAAUAAGACAUGGAUCUCGGCGUUACGGUGUUUGCGUUGACUGUGCAGACAAAUCUCAGCCAGGAACGCAAGAGGGAGUCGACCCAGUACAGGACACUGAUUUUCCUAGAGAUGAAGAGUUUGAAGAAAAUGAAGUAGGGGAAGCUGAUGAAGAGCUACCUGAUGAUAUAGAAGAACAGAAUGACCAGACUCGGUGGGAUGAAUCUGGGGAAGUCUGUGUGCCUUUAGAAGACUGAGGGGAUUUGAUCUUAUAGAUGCUUUAUUUUGACGUCAUGCAGACUGACCAUGUUGAAUUUUUGGACUGAAGGCUUGGAAAAAAUAUGGUACAGGCUGGAUGAAAGUUAUGUUGCUGUGAAAAUUAUAGGGUUAAAGCCUUAUAGCAAAAAAAGGAUUAUUAAUUUUUUAAAGAUAUUUGCACAGGGCUGUACAGCAUACAGUCAUUUGGUUGAAUUAUAUAGAGUCCUCACACCUACAGUCAAUUAUCAAAGUAAAAUGUAUUUUUAUUAUUUAUAGGAUAUUACUAUUUGGGUCCUAAUCUGGCAUAGUACUUAACUAUGCCUGUGUUAAUCAUUCAUGUCUCUUAACAUGGGUGAAACAAAUUGCAAUUUUUGGAGAUGGCUCCCUUGAUUCCAAUCAUAGUUUUUGAACAAAAGUGGCUAGUCUGGCAUAGUGGCUUGCGUUUCCUAAAAGGAGGCUUUACCUCACCUCUCUUGCCAUUGCCCUUCCCCCAAUAGUUUAAAUAUCCAGCUUCUGGAUGACAUGAAUCUGUGUCACUUAAUUUUGUCAGGAUAUGGUAGCUGACAAGUCCUGGAAACCUAAUCACUGAUAUUUAAUUUCCUAAGUUACUAGGUUUCAGUACUUCUGAGUUUGCAAAAUGCUACAGCUCUUUCACCAAAUGUUAAUAAUGAUUUAAAACUGCAAGGAAGAUUGUGAUUGGAAUGAAAGAAAUUUCUCCUUGUCACUUAAAGAACUUUAUGUUAGACACUUUUUGGCGUGGCUGCCCAUAUUUUAAUUUAUGUUUUUGUUAGCACUAUUCUAUUGGCUAUUACUUUUAUUCACUACUGUAUACCUCAAUCCAUCACAAAGCUUAGAGUCCUAGAAUUUGAAAAGGAGUGUAAUUGAUAUUUUUUUAUUUUAAUAGUCCAGCCCAAUUUGUCUGCUUUUGUCUAGUUUUUGUUAUGUGAAAAAUUAGACAUAAGGCUGUCUAUUUUUUGUGCCCCUUUGCUUUUCAUUAAAGUAAACACAAACUGAAUCUUUGCUUCUCUCCUAUUUUGGGGGUUCUUUUAUAUACCAAACAAACUACGUUUAACUUGGCAGCUUAAUUUGCUGGAACUUCUUUUUUUAAAAAAGAAAAUUGUUAGUAUAAUUACUGGAGCUAUUUAUCCCCAAUGCUCUUUGCUUCUGUUUUGGGAUGAGACCUUGAAACUUGAAUUUUUGUAGCCAUAAAUCUUUUCUAAACUUGUUAUAUUGUACCAAUGAUUUCAGGCCUUUUUUUCUGAGGGAAGGGAGGGUAUUGCACCUUUUUUAUGCUUAGAAUUCAGCUUCAUCUAGCCUGAAUGCACGUGAGCUACCUGAAGUUUAGACACUGCAUUCAAUAUAUUACUAUGUCACAGUGAAUAAAUAUGCACAGCAUUUAUCAUAAUACAUAGCUAGGCCAGUGUGAUAGUACUGUAUUAUAAGUUGAGGGUCACCAUAUUUGAGUUUAUUAACUUUAAAAUGAGUAUAUUUUCCUAUUUUAUAUCUGCGAACUAAAUUAUGGUAGUUGUGUGGUAAACUUAAUUGCUUUGACAGAUAGAAUCUUAAUGGUGCUCCAUCUGUUCAAAGUUUAUAUAUAUAAAAUAUAUAUAUAAAAUAUAUUUAAAGAGACAGCUUUAUUAUCCCUUAUUUCAAUACAACAAUGGAUUAAUGUUAGACACUGUUUCUGCUGGAUGAAACAGAGACUGAAUCAUAUGGGUAUUAAAUUGUAUAAUCUUUUCUAUCCAAAUACAUCAUUGGUAGAUUCCACAUCACUGUAAACCUAACAGAUAAGUAGUUCUUGGGUUUUGUUUUUAAGAACUGAAAACAUCUUAUUCUCUUCUAGACUGAAAUGAGUUAUGUGUAAUUCUGUUGGGGUCCAAAGUAGAAAAUAGUGGGGAAACAUAAUAUGAAUGGGAAGUAUUUUAAACGUUAAGUAAAUGUUCUGCUCUGUGAAUAUGUAAGUUAUAGUAUAAAGAUUUCUUCCAUCCCAUUUAUUCCCCAUAAAAUAGUUUACAAUUGAUCUACCUAUCUUGUCCGAAAAUCACCUAAAUCUGCUUUAUUAUAACAUACUAUUCACUUAAUGCUUAAACUGGACCUGGCUUUCCAUUCUUAAUGUAUUUUACUUACUCUCUUGAAACCGAAUCUCCUUUUGCUACUUAAAUCAUUUGUGUAUAUCUGGUAAAUUAUGACCAAAUCUGUUGUUAGAUUAAAUGCAGUAAAUUGAAAUAUACACUUGGUACACUACAGAAUUGUUGUGAUUUUUUCGGGUUAUCUUUUUAAAAAAAUAUGUAGACAUAUUCAGGAUUUUUUGUUGGCUUUGGAUAAAUUAUUGUGCAUUUUGCAUCUCUAGUCAGGAUUUUUUUAAAGUUACAUCUUAAGUGUGGCAUUUUGGCUAUUCCUUUAACAAAACAUAAGCAUUAUCAAAAUUACUUUCUCAAGGAAAACUGUUGAAUUUAAACAACUGAUACCCCGUGGUAGUUGUCUCUACACUGAUCUUUUUAUUGGUUAUGACCAAUUGGAAGAAAAAUAUUGGUAAUUUAUAUUUUGGGAAAAGUUCUUUAUAAACCAGAGAUUAAAAAUAAGUUAUUGUUGAAUCCUAACUUCCACGUCAAUCCUCAAAUUGGCUUAGAUUUCUGGGGGUUACAUUCUGCAUUGCUAUUAAAAACCAAUCCAUCUAGUAUCUUUGUUGAAGCUGGAUUUGGACUAUUGCUACUAUUAAGCAAUUUUCCAAAAUAGCUUCAGGCAAGUAGCAUGUUUAUUUAAGCAAGCUUUAUUUCCUAAAUACACUGUUAUGGUAUGAAAAUGUACAUAACUAAAGCAAAAUAUAGUAAUUUAAAAAUUUACGUGUGAAUAUAUGAAGCAUAAUAAAAUAAAGUCCAUAGUUUAAAAUUUAUUUACUGAAUACAAUUUAAGAAACUGCAAGAAAAAAUGUAGAUGGUACCUCUUCAGUCUCCCUCUCCUAAGGGAUAUGUGCCUUAGUUUAGCUCUGGACUUUGUUUAUAGCUUUAUAAGAAUGGCAUUAUGCUUUGCUUAGACUGGCUACUAGCCUUAAAAUCACAAAUUUGCUUACCCACUUAUUUUUUUCAAUCAAAUUAGUUUAUAUAACCCCCUUUGAAUCUCAGUUUUCUUUUAUACAUGUCUGCAGGGCUUUAUAACGUUUUAAAAUAUAUUAAAUACUUUUUGUAAAUGUGUAUUGUUUUAGCACCUAAUAGAGCAUGGUAUGCUUCAAUUUGUGCAGAAGUAUACGAUAAAAUCCACCAGAUCUGUCUAACUGGAUAUGGACGCUGCUAAAUAUUGUUAAAUUGAACAUUCUGAAUCAUGGAUCACUAUCUUUUUUUGAAAAAUUGUGUUUUGUCUGCCAGAAUAACCUGGGAACUCUUAAUAUGCAUCCCAAACAGCAGUCUUAAUUUCUAUACUCUUGUCUAGAUUUUGACAUAUUCAUAAUCAUGUAUGUUUUGUUCAUUAGCAGAUAGAUCAAGUAGAACUGCUAAAAGGAGUAGUACGGCUAGGCAAUUAAUUAGGGCUGGGGCAGGGAGAGCUUCAAUCGUAGCAACUUGCCAAAUGAACAGAAAUGUAAUACCCAAUGAUUUAAUAUAAACCCUUUCUCAGCUUGAUAGUUCAUGCAUUUGUGUGCACAAAAGAUCAGCUGAAACCACCUGUGAAGAAAAACAGGAAAUAGGAGAAGAUCUAUGAAGCAGUCAAACAGAAUAUUUAGCAUGAUAUAGUCCUGCUUGCAAAGUUGUAGGAAUUGAAGUGCCCUGCCAAAUUAUUUGCAUGGCUAUGCUAAGUAAUAGAUUCUCUAUUGAAUUGAUGCUUAUAGAAAGAAUUGUGUAAAAUACAUAGAACAGUAAGUGGCACUAAGCUCUUCUCUUCAUACUGCUGUCCAUAAACAAAAGGCUUAGAUUUCCCCUCUUUAUAAAUGGGUUAAUUUGGACUCAAUGUCUGCUGAAUGGGGUGAUUCAGAUGGCACUAACCAUUAGAGAUAUUGUGAAGAGUUGAUGAAUCUGAUCCUUUAUAGGAAGCAGAAUAUCGAAAGUCUUCUGACUUUUAAAAAAGGUAAUUCAUUUUCUCUUUGAGAUGGUUGAUCAUGAAAACAUUGCACAGAUUUGUUGUAUGCUGAA